CAAAACUUUUGAUGCUUGUUCACUCGAGGAACCCCAGCAAUCAAGCACUACUGCUCCCAAAAGUGCAGACCGAAGAACCUCAGGAUAUCUAUGGAGGACACGUCUGAAAAGGAGGUGGGCGCCCCCAUGCCCACCAACAAAUCCUGGCCGUCCAAUUCUCUACCCCUAAAUAAAACCACAUACCUUACACACAAAGCAAACCUCCUCUCUCUCUCUCCUCCACACUCAAAACAACGCCAACAAACUCUUCUUCUCGCCGCGCUUUAUCAUCGUUUUGUAGCUGAUUUUGUUGAUUUUUAGUUCAUAUUUUGGAGUAAACUAAGCGAUUCAAGAUGUUUUCGAGAGCCGUGAAGAAGAAUGCGUGAUAUGGUUUAAUUUUCUGCCUCAUCUACGAUGAACGGCUCAGUCGGCCCUAGCAGUGGGACAACUCAGUUAGCGUUCACUUUUGAUGCUAGUCCUUCAGCUUUGUCAACAAAUACUGUCAGCACCUCCACUAGUGCUGCCCCCGGCGCAUUUAGUUUUGGUGCUAAUUCUGCAGUUUCAUCAACAAAUGCUCUCAAUGCCAGCAGUACAGGCAGUCCUAGUGCAUUUGUUUUUGGUGGCGGCAAUUCUGCCUCUUCACAAAUUUCCAGUACUGCUGGAAUUUUCGGUUCCAAUUGGCAGGUCCCAAAGUCUCCAGGCUUUAGUUCCCCAUUUAGUUCUGCUACCCCUAAUGGGUUUGCAUUUGCAUUUGGAUCAUCUUCAUCUUCUUUUACUACUCCAACUACUCUAACCACUGCAGCUGUGGUCUUUGGAUCAGCACCCAGUAUCCCUAAUGGACCAGCCUUUCCAUUUGGUUCAAUUUCUUUGACAAACUCGUCUACGCAGCCCAUGUUCGGGAAUCCUUUUACUGCGUCCCCUUGGAAUAAUAACCAGAUGAACAUGGAAGACAGUAUGGACGUGGACACUAUGCACGCAUCUUCCCCUGCUGUUGCAUUUGGUCAACCUUCUGUCUCACGCUCUCCUGGUGGUUUCGUGUUUGGUUCAACACCUAAUCCAUUCCAGUUCGGCGGCCAGCAGAAUCAGCCUGCUGCUGCUGCUCAGAAUCCAUCUCCAUUUGCAGCGUCAGGCAGUUUAGGUGCUGGAGGGAGUUUCUCAUUGGGUAGCUUUGGUCCUGAGAAAUCAGGUCGAAGGAUUGUCAAGGUUAAUAGAAAUAAGAACAGAAGGAGGUGAAGCAGUUGGCAACAACAUUGGAUCUUCAUGGUAGAUAUUGUUGGCAAGAUGAUAAAUUGUUCGAUGAUAGAUGAGCAGCCACGGUUUAUGGGUUUGCACAAUUUUCUUUUUUCUUUUUUAAAUUUUGCGCAUUGUACAUUUGCAUCUUCAGGAAGUGAAAGAUGUUGUAAUCCUAUUAUCUUUUUCACAAUAACAAAAUGUUGUCUUAUUUGUGAAAUCGUUAA